ACACGGCGAGGAUAAAGCAAGAUGGCGUCUUACGGUGAGGACGUUAUUGCAGUGGUCACAGUUCAGUGUUCCUAAUCUGUGCGUCCAUGUACACAUAUAUGUCCUUUAUUACACUCUAUUAAUUAAUAACUGUUUGUAUAUUAGUCUGAGCGCACUUUGAUGCUUCUCCAGUUAGCUUAGCUUGCUAGUUAGCUUAGCUUGUUAGCUGCUAACAAAGAGAGGCGGAAGUGAUGAAAACACAUCGCUAAGCAGAGAUCAAGUGUGAGUGUAAAGUGUUGUGAUUGUGUGAAAAUGUGCGAAAGAACCAUAGCAGAGUACGAGGAGGAACUUUGUCCAACAAAAGAGGAGAAGGAUCAAAAACAUCAAGUUGUGUUACACAGAACAGACAUCCAUCAGCUGAUUGGACACCAAAAAGAAUGUCUCCCUCAUCUGCAGGGGGACAGUUUCACUUUAGAGGAUCCACAGCCCUCACAUUUGAAAGGGGACGAGGAGGAUCGACAGCCCCCUUAUUUUAAAGAGGAAGAGGAGGGAGAGUGUCCUGUAGGGCAGGAGGAGGAGGAUGUCAGCAAGUUUCCACUGACUGUUGUCUCUGUGAAGACUGAAGAGCAUGAAGACAAAGCACCUGAGUCCUCACAGCUUCAUCACAGUCCAAGCGUCUGUGAAAAAUAUCGUCCACCUGAGCAGCAGGAGGGGUCCUCCAGUAUGGAGCAGAAGAGGUCACAGCACCUCCACGUGAAAGAAGAGGAGCCACAGCCCCCCCACUUUAAAGAUGAAGACAAGAGACACCUCAUCAGUGUGAAGAGGGAAGAUGAUGAGGUCAAAGGUGAGAGUGAGGAGAAGAGAAGCAGCAGCUCAACACAACACAUGACAACAGAAGGUGAUGGAGACCACUGUGGAGGAUCACAAGCAGACAAGAUGUUAGCUCCACUAUCAGAUAGUGAGGACACAACGUCACACUCUCCUGACACUGAUGAUGAACACUCUAAAGAUGAUAAGACAUGUCACACUGACAACACUCACUUCACAUGUUCUCACUGUGACAAAACCUUUAAAGAUCAUUGGCACCUGAAAAGACACAUGAGAAUACACACUGGAGAAAAACCUUUUUCCUGCUCAGAAUGUGGUAGAGAUUUUGUAAGAAAUCAUGAUUUCAAAGUACACAUGAGAAUACACACUGGAGAAAAACCUUUUUCAUGUUCAACCUGCGGUAAAGAUUUUACUCAAAGGGGCAAUUUCCAAGCACAUAUGAGACAGCACACUGGAGAAAAACCUUUUCCAUGUUCAGUCUGCGGUAAAGAUUUUACUCUAAAGCACCAUUUAAAAGCACACAUAAGAACACACACACUGGAGAAAAACCUUUUUCAUGUUCAACCUGCGGUAAAUAUUUUGCUCAAAUGGACCAAUUAAAAGUACACAUGAGAAUACACACUGGAGAAAAACAUUUUUCAUGUUCAACCUGCGGUAAAGAUUUUGCUCUAAAGGGCCAUCUCAAAGUGCACAUGAGAAUACACACUGGAGAAAAACCUUUUUCCUGCUCAGAAUGUGGUAAAAGUUUUGUAACAAAAACACAAUUACAAUUACACAUGAGAACACACACUGGUGAAAAACCUUUUAUAUGUUCAGUAUGUGGUAAAAGUUUUGUAAUAAGACGGCAAUUACAAUUACACGAGAGAAGGCACUCUGGUGAAAAACCAUACUCCUGUUUAAGCUGCAACAAAAGCUUUCGUCACCUAAACACUCUUACAGUACACAGGAGAAGACACACAGGUGAGAAAGUGUUGAGUUGCAGUGUGUGUGGUGAAAGAUUCUCUUAUAAGUACCAGAGUAAGAAACACAAGUGUGCUGGUGAGAACAGCAGCAGCAAAUGAAACUGCAGGAUUGGAAAUAAACUUUAACUGUGACCUUAUAACAACAUCAGCACAUAUAACAUGUGUGACAUCAUUGUUGUGUGUGUAACACAAUCUUGUUAAUAUGAUUCUAACAUUUAUAGAUUAGACACUUCAGAUUAGUGCUUUUAUUUCAGUCAAGUUCAUGAGUUAAUAUACACAUUUGUGUACUUUAAAAUGAACAGAACAAUUGGACUGAAAAGGUGAGAAUAAACAGUACAUAAAAUAUGUUACAUACAAGAAACAUUUUAAGUGUAGAUAUUCAUAGUUCACUUUUAUACUUAUUCAUAAUAGUGUUUUAUAUAUGUUUUUUGAAAUAAUGAAGUGUUACAUAUUUUAUGUUCUAAUUGUAGAUGAUUCCAUAGAUGAACUCCUUUAUAUGAUGUACAUAUUUGUUUUACAUGUGUUCAUACCUUUGCUUUUGAGUACACAUAAAUCCCUCUUAGUUCAUAUUUACUGGUUCACAUGUGAAACAUCUUCUGGACCACUUCUGGAAGCAUAUUAUUUACUUUAUACAUCAUUUGAACACUUGUCUUAUAUUAACUUUUAAAAUGUGUGACUUUAUGAAUCAUUUGCUGGGUCUCUAUAAUCCAUUCUAUUAAUUAUCUUUAUUACUCUCUUGUGUAAUAUGAAUAUUGUUGUGUGA